AUGGAAGGAAACGCUAGAAUGGAAGACGCUGAUCGUUCGUUGACUGUGUUGCAUUUGCGUAAGACAUUUAGCGAGUACUGCAGUAUGCCAUUAGGUGGUUCGAAAGAUGGAGAUCGGAAGUUUGACCGUGUGCUUCCACUUUUUGGAAGGGUUAUGGUAAUGUACCCUUCACCAGAAGAAAUUGUCGAUAAAUUCAAAGAACUGUGUGCGUUUACGGGUUAUCUUUGUCGUCACCUUGUACAGGAAAUACGCUUAAGAGCAGCGAAUGAAUGUACUCAGUUGGCAGCUUCUGCUAUUUUAAAUUUUCUGUUACCAGAUGUUGCUGAUUGUCGCGGCUUUACGCUAUUGAAUGCAGCGUGCUAUCUUAGUUACACGAAGCAGGAACAGGUCAUUGAAGUGAUGUGUAAAGCAGCAUUGCCUUCUACUUUGGUUAAAGCACUUUAUUUAUUUUUCGAUUUGCCUCCUUCAUCUAAUGAAGAUGUCACAUUAUCCAAACAGAAACUUUUCAUAGUUUUCCAAAAAGUUUUAAAAAAAUUAUGUGAAUUUAAUUGUGUUGGUGAAGAGCUUACUCGGAAAGAUGAUUUAUUCCUUCUCUUUGCUGGUGCUUCUUGCGCAUGUCCUGCAGAAAAUGUCGAAUGGAGGGAAGCUGUAUCUCAGUUACUUGUAGUGGUAGCUUCGAAAAGUUUAUCCUCAUCUGUAACGAAAUAUAUCCAUGCCAAGAAUUGUAUAUCAGUAUUUUUAUCAAAUAUAUAUAAGAAGGAUGAAAACUUAUUGGAUCAGGAGCGCAUCGGAAUGUUUAUUUGUUUGCUGUCUGUUUUGAAGGACUCCGCUGCCAUUGUGAACGUUCUGCUGCAGGAUUUUGCUCGUGCCAAUGGUUAUCUUUUAUUACGAGACUUUAUUUUGAAAUAUUCAGAGAAUAAAGAAGCAGAAGAAGGUAUUAAAAAUAUCUUAUUACUUAUAAUGAGUUUGACGACAUGUGGCAUUGCUGAACUGAAACCAAAUUAUACACCAGGACUGAUUGUACUUCCCGCCUUUAUUCUUCCAAUUCCUUCAAAUAAUGGUCUUACAUUGCGCAAUAUCGAUGCGUUUCGUCUUCUUUUUCAGAUUUUUAUGCAGUGUAAAAAUGAACGAAUGUGUGAGGCAGUUGUUGAUGCUGUUCAUAAUAUUUAUGCUUCUGAUGCGGUUAAUUAUUUUAUUGCUGAUAAAGAAUGCCCAUUAUCUCAAAUGAUUGAACGAAUGGGAUCAAAGUCUCCCCAAAUACAGCGAAAAGUUAUGGAACUUGUUGAGUAUGUAGUAUUACAUUUGAAUCAUGUUCCCUAUAAAGAGCUUAUUGCGCUAAGUGUUCUCCUGAAAACAGAGAUACUGGAUAACGGUUUUGGAUGCUGUGUACUUUUUCUGCAGAGUGCUUUCAGAAUAUUAUCUGCCAGUGCACUUCUAAAGGAUGCUUUCCGUGAAGUUGGACUUGUUGAAUCAUUGACUUGGACGGUGUUGCAUUUCAUAUCAACCGAAAAAAUUCGACCCCUGUCUGAAAGUGAAGGACGAGUUGCUUUGUUGAGUACUGAUAUACUUUCUCUUCUUGUCAGCGGUAGUCUUGCUAAUGCUUGUGCAUUCCGUGAAAGUGCUGGUUCAAAGGUAAUCAUCGAUCUUAUUUCUAGCAACAAUGAUGAAUGGAGAGCUUCUGCAUUACAGCUCAUGAAGCAGCUUCUAAUAUCCGGUCAAAGUGAAGAACAGCUUACAGCUGUGCUCGUCGUACUUCAUACUCCGACAUUUAAUAAUAUGCCUUUGAAAGCAAUUUUGUUGAAGUCUCUUCUUUGUGCUUUACGUGAAAGUCAUAAAGUGCGUUUAAUGUUUCGACGCAACGGUGGAUACUUGUGUCUGAUGUCUCUUUUGAUCAGUCUCGAGGGGAAACUAAGCUGUAGUGCGGAUGAAAUGAUUUCGGAAGUGUCUCUUGCUGAAAUUGUCAGCCUUCUGAGGUUUACAGAAAUCAUUUUCAAAGUGCUGGCAAUAAGCAUGCGGUAUGAGCCAUCCAAUUCAAAAUAUUUUUCUCAUGAGGUGACGUGGGAUAAUUUGUGUCUUGCUUUACGGGUCAGUGGAGCUUUUACAAAGGAUGUCGAGAAAAUCGACGCAGAGCAUGUAAUAUGGCAAGCUGAGCCAUCAAAAAUUCAAAGCAAGGUUGAUGCAUGUCACAGAAUCUUCGAUUUCAAUGAAUGUUUUAAUAUCAGUUGCAUGCCAUCUGAUAAAAUUCCGACAUCAAUAUUCAUUGCUUUGUCGAUGCUGCGGUUUUUGGUCAGUUUAGCUCUUGACAGUUACGAAAAGCCUGAGGCAGUUUGGCCAUCAAGUUUGGGUUCGGGAGCUGGAGAUCAGUGUGCAUCCCUUACAUCCUGGACAGCACGUACACUCGUCCAUCCUGGUGCACUAAUUUCAGUGUUACAUCUCCUUCCUGCAAUACAAUCAUCUGCAUAUCAGUGGACCGCUGCAGCUCAGUAUUACUGUGCUAUUCUUAUCAAGGCACUUUUGCGGCCGGAAAAAAACCAGCAAAUUAUGUGCCAGUCAAACAUGGCACACAGCAUUUUGAAAAUUGGCGUUAAUGUUUUCAAGAGCGAAAAACACCUCAUGCUUGCACCAUUUUAUUACAUCCUGGAACGACUUUCAUCACAUGCGAUAACUCCGUCUGAUUUAAGGUCCUUCUUGCGUCUUGAUAUGCCGCUAUGUUGUCGAAAUUUAGAUGAGACGAAGGAUGAAGAACCAAUGACAGAGAAUGAAGGUAGUCCUAUUCCUAUCGCAAGGGUGAAAGCGCUGGUUUCAAUGAUGACACCGCGUGACCAUCGAAUUGCUCAAAAUCCAUCGUUUGUGGAAUUCGAUAUGGCACCUGAAGGUUUCGCUUGUCUUUUAAUUCCUUCUCUUGCACCACUUUCAACAGAUUUUGGAAUUGGACAUGGUGAACGGAUAUUUCCUCCUUUAAAUGGUUUAACAAUAAUGAUGUGGCUUUGCGUGGAACAGUUCAGUGAUAAAAGAAUCGAUCCGCAUCCUAUACGCUUACUCACAAUUUAUCGUUCAUUUAAUUCUUCAAAAAAAGACGAUAGCUUAAAGCAAAAUCCUUCACUUGUUUGCCUUUCGGUGCAGCUGAGUUCUAUCGAUCAUUCACUCCUGAUUUGUACCGCCGAAAGCGAAACUACGGGUAAUGAUCUUGAAAAAGAGCGGAAUAUUUCGGAUGAAAAUCUUAUUCGUAUUGCAUUAGGAGAUUCUGUAUACAUUGGACAGUGGACCCAUAUCGCUGUGGUACUAACCAGAUCUGUUCUGAAACAUAGCCAGGCGGCUGUUUACAUUAAUGGUCGGAUGGAAGGCAUUUACAGACUACAUUACAUCAUGCAGAAUGUUGGGGGUGGUACGGCUCAUUUGUCUUGUGCCAGUGGAGUCCAUGCUGUUAUUGGCACACCACCAGCUUAUCGAUCACCAAGCAGGCUUUGUUUCAAAAUUGCUACUUUUGUCAUAGUCGAAGAACCACUAGGUCCAGAAGCAUUAGCGCGAAUAUAUGAUUUGGAACCUCAUUACAUUGGAAAUUUUCAAACUGUAUCCGGAGAUACCGCUCUCAUUGCGGAGGAGCGCAUUUGUUUAUCUUUAUCGGCGGUGGCUAAUAAGGAAUUAAGUGCUUCACGAAUUGCUUCAUUAUAUAGCAAAGCAGAUAGUGCAUUCAUUGCACGUUAUGUUGGUGUUUCAAUACAUGAUAGAAGCACUCCAUUAAGGGUUCUUCUCAAUACGGUAACACACACAUCGGGGCCAGCACGAUCCUUCGGAGCAGUACUUCUUGGAUAUGUUGGAAUGCGGUUGUUUACACCAUAUCCUGUAACUCGAUUGUUGGACUGUGUCGGAGGUGUGUCUUGUCUUUUUGGUCUCGUAGCAAUGGCAACAACAUCUCAGGAAUUGUAUGCAUCAUUGAAAGCCCUGAAUACUGCUGUAAAGACGGACAAAAUUAUAUCAAGGCACCUGAUUAAUACUAGAUCUUACCAGAUCCUUGCGAUGCUUCUAGAAGGAAAAACCGAGCUUCUGAAUUCACAUAUUCUCCACUUAAUUUUGUCAUUGGUUGGCACGUUGGAUACCAGCAAAGACACAUCUGUUAUCCCAAAUCUUUCGGUUUUUGAAGAUAUGUUAUGCGAUUUGGAUGUUUGGAAAGAUGCUAGCCCCGACCUCAACAGACUACUUUAUGAACAUUUCUAUGAAUUAAUUACAGAUCAUAACAGUGAUAACUUGAAUAUGGUACGCCGUAGCUCAUUACCAUCCCGUCUUCUUAUUCGAUUGUUUGAUCAUCCGAAUCUUAUUUUUGCUGUUAACGAUAUUGUCUUCAAUCUUCUUGCUGCACUUUUGCAGCCUCCUGCGGAUAAUUUAUUGUUACUAAAAGUUGGUCAGCUGAUAGCUGGAACUCUUCCAGUGCCAGAUUCGUACCAGGACGAAACUUCAUACGCAUUCUCGAUAGCUGAUAUACAAACAGCUUUGUUUGCGAAUAAAUAUUCGCCACAUUUUGAUCGUUUGCUUUAUGACAUUUAUGUGCGCAGUCGUAUUCUCAACAUAAUAGCAAAUACUUUGGCUCAUUCAAGUGUAAACAACAAUUUACUAUUAUGUGACCUAGUCGUAAAAACACUUGGUUUCGAUUGGGUGUUGGCUCUUUUCACAUCAGGUGUCCACUGUACAACUGUUGUGCUUGGUCUACGUAUUCUUCUUGCCUUGUUGAAACACGACCAUUUGAUGCAGAAAUUCAGAGAAGGCUCAGCAAAUGGUGGUUGGUUAACAGAUGCAGACUCAUUUGUUCGCAACAGAGCUGCGGUUUUACUUGGUUUCUCAGUAUCAGCUUAUGGAGGUAACGUGGGAGCCCAUGUUGACAUCAAUCCAGAACUCUCUGAAUGCAGUGGUUUUAUAAUGUUGGAACACUUGCUUCAUUAUCACUACGAAAAACCGCAAUGCUAUUUAGCGAUGUUGGCAUUAUUAGUUGGCCAGCCAGUGUCAAGCAUCACUCUUGUGGAUAAUUUUUCUCUUGAUCUCAUUUGGUCCCAUGUUUUUGGUCUUUCUUUAUCAAGUUCUGUAUCAGAGGCCGUUUCUGGUAUAGAAGUCUGUUGUGAGGCAGUUAUACCCUUACUGUCGAUGGUUAGAGCUGCAGUUCAUGCCACCGUUGAGUCACCACACAAUGAUAAUAGAUUGGUAUAUUCUUCUACGGUGAUUCAAAUGUUUACUUUCUUAUACCAGAACUGUCCCAACUUCUGUAAUCUCUGCCACACAGAGGAGUUCAUAACUUACCUGUUUUGUGUUCUUGUACCUCUGGAUGUCAUGGAAUCAAGUACAAUCAGAGAUGAAAAUUCGCUCUCGCCACCGUCCUACGACAUGCAUGCUGUCCUUGAAGAAACUUGCUGUCGAAGUAUUUUGGAUUUAAUUAAGCGGAUUUUAUAUGAAGAUAUAUAUCGGAGUCAUGGUGCCAAACCGGAUUCUUUAUUAGAUGCAUUAAUCGAGAACAUUCCUGAGUACGGCUAUUCCCGUCGAUUUUGUACUUUUGUGCUUUCCGAAAACUUAUCUUUGUGCAUGGAGUACAUGAUUGCUACUGAUGUUUUGCUGGAAUCUGAGAAAACAAGCACGGCAGCAACUUGUGGUACAUCGACUGCAACUUCUGCUGUUUUACUUGCAAAUUUUGCUUAUUUUGCUUCCAGAAUUGUUGACUGUGUUUGGAGUGGAAUUUACGUUGGGGAAACAAGUCGUGUUCUUAGUUUCUUGUUGAAAGGACUUGCUCUUACUCGACGUAACGACCCGAAAUCAGUUUCCUAUGAUUCGCUUAUGCACUCACUUGACCGGACCAUUUUAUUUCUCUUGAGUAGGCCUAUCGACAAUGCUACCGUACAAAUGUCGAUUUUGAAUACGCUGUCGGAAAUCAUUCUGUAUCGUAACGUUAUAUUGUCUCCAACACAUAAUGACCCUUUGUUUUUCGGUUCCCUUACCCAUCUUUUAUUUAUGCUUUCCGUCACACCGGACAUUCUUCCAAGAAAGGAAGGAUUAUCGAAUCUUGAUCGUGGAAGUGCUCAGGUUGCUUUGUGUGCUUCACAGGUUUGGAAAGAGGUUUGUGCAAUGAAACGAAAUCUUCUAGAAGAAGUUUUUCGGAGUGGUUUCGUUGCAGAAUUAAAUGCAGCACGUGCCUUAUUAUCGCAUGCUGCCAGUCUCCAGUGGUUAUCAUUUGUUGAUUCGCAAAUGAAUUCUUGUGCGCCCAAAAGUGCCAUGCAAUUUCAACAACAACUACAGUCGAGAAUCACGAAAGUUGCUACUGGUUUACAACGUUUGGCAAUUCGCAAAACACUGAGCACUUCGAGUUCAGUCUGCAGCUUUACAUUCUCACGACAGCCAAAUGUCACUACGGAGGUCAUUCAAAUGUGGCUGCGUGUACAUAUAUCGUUAAUCAAAGAACUUGUUCGCACGCAGUGUCUAUGCUAUCAUGAAUGGCAUUCACAUGUGCAGAAGUGGUGCAUGCAGGACUGGCGUUCUCUUGAAAUGGAAUUGAUAAGGGAACGUGGGAUUUGGGGAGCAGAACUCAGUUCUUCUCUAGACAAGUAUAUGUUAGAUAUGACUGAAGGACCUUGUCGCAUACGACGAAAGUUGAUUCCAAAUCCAACUUUCUAUCAUCAUUAUCCCUAUCGUCCAUAUCUUGAUUCUCCUGAAGCGAAAGCUAUGCGUGCCAAAGUAGCGGUAUCAAAAGACAGUAAACUGUAUUAUGAAGCUAUAAAGCAACGGCGUGGGAAAGUACCGGAACAAAGAAUUGUCGAUUUGUCAUCAACAGUUUAUACCACAUCUGAAGAAUGCUCAGAUCUGCUUUUUACUGACAUGCAAGAGAUCAGUACGUCAAUGAUUCGUCGCGUAUCGAUCAAGCAUGAUCUGAGUAAAGACAAUGAUGAAACGGAAUGUGUUGUAAAUGAGAAAGAUGUGAACGAAGCGGACGAGGGAAAUGUUGAAGAAAAUGGUGUAGAUGAGGAAGAUAGUAAUACUGAGCGACAGCAGGCAAGAAAUGAACAGAAAAACGGUAUUCAAGAAAAUGAAUUAAUAUCUUUUAAACUAAAAGAUGGAGGCAUGGAACGGAAAAGAGGACCCGAUAAUCAAACAUUGCUGAGACUGCUGGAGCAGGGUGAACUACUGCAUUCCAUGUUCCGUUGUGCACGUGUGCAGGGUUUGGAUACAAGCGAAGGUCUGUUACUUUUCGGAAGACAACAUUACUAUGUUGUUGAUGGUUUCACACUUCUGAAAACAAAGGAAAUCAGAGAUUUGGAUUUUUUACCACAGGAAUUGCAUGAUCCAAUUGUACCAUACAUGGCCUGUGGCACAAGCCAUCCUGUGCGACGCACUAGACUAUGCAGUAAAUUUUCAUACAAUGAUAUUCGUGAAGUUCAUCGACGUCGCUAUCUUUUGCAACCGAUUGCUAUCGAAGUAUUCUCAGCAGACGGUCGUAAUUAUCUACUGGCUUUCCCGAGACGUAUGCGUAAUCGAGUUUACCAGAAAUUUUUAUCGUUAGCAAGAUUACUGAAAGACAGUGGGUCCGAAUCUGUAGGAGGACAAAGGUCAACUGCACCAGUGGAGCAAACAAGUCGUGUUUCGCUAUUGACUUCAUUAAUAGGACAGCAGUCUGUCACACACCGAUGGGUACGAGGGGAAAUCAGUAAUUUCCAGUAUCUGAUGCAUUUGAAUACUUUAGCUGGUCGGUCUUAUAAUGAUCUUUCUCAAUAUCCGGUUUUUCCUUGGAUAUUACGAGAUUAUGAAUCGGAGGAUCUAGAUCUGACAGACCCACGUUUCUUUCGUGAUUUGAGUAAACCAAUGGGAGCACAGAAUCCAGAACGUUUGGAGCAAUUCCUGAAAAGAUACAGGGAAUGGGAUGAUCCAACUGGUGAAACGCCCGCAUACAUGUAUGGUACACACUACAGCAGUGCUAUGAUCGUUGUUUCUUAUCUUGUACGUCUGGAACCUUUCACACAGCACUUUUUGAAGCUUCAGGGUGGCCAUUUCGAUUUGGCUGAUCGAAUGUUUCACAGUGUCGGUGAUGCCUGGCUCAGUGCAAGUCGUAAUAAUAUGGCAGACGUAAAAGAGUUAAUUCCAGAAUUUUUUUCUCUUCCUGAAAUGUUUGUUAACUCAAAUCAUUUCGACUUUGGUGUCAAACAGAAUGGUGUAGCACUGAAUGAUGUCGUACUUCCAGCUUGGGCAAAAGAUGAUGCCAGAGAAUUCGUACGUAUGCAUCGACAGGCACUGGAAUGUGACUACGUAUCAGCAAAUUUGCACAACUGGAUAGAUUUGAUUUUCGGAUAUAAGCAGCGCGGAGAUGCUGCAACUGAAGCGAAUAAUGUUUAUCAUCAUCUUUUUUAUGAAGGAAAUGUUGAUUUUGAUAGUAUUGAAGACCCACUAACAAGAAACGCAACUAUUGGAUUUAUCAAUAAUUUUGGACAGAUUCCAUCGCAGCUGUUUAAAAAACCGCACCCACAGAAAAAAGUAGCAUACACAGAUGUUUAUUCAUCAUUCCCUGGCGUUACAACACAGCGACUUUUUUACCACUCUUUUGAUUCACUGAAAGUACCAGCUCAGCCAGUAAAAGAGUUAAAAUCUACUGUUGGAAGCUUAAUUCCACUCGAGAAAGGUGGAAUACUUGCUUUGGAAACAAAUCGUGCACUACUGUCACCGAAUCGUUAUAUAUCCUGGGGUUUUCCUGAUAGAAGUAUAAGAAUUGGUGCUGUUGACAGUGAACGGUCAACCUGUAUUCAUGAACUCUGUGAAAGUUCUGAAAUUACUUGCUGUGUAUGUGGUGAUUCACGAACAAUUUUCACCGGUUCGAGUACAGGUAAAGUUUCUGUCUGGGAUCUGACCGAACGACAUCCUCGCAUUCGCUUUCGUCGCACAUUAACAGCACAUACAGAGGCAAUCACUGCACUUGCUGUUUGUUCAGCACAAACCUUGCUUGUGAGUGGUAGCCGCGAUGGCACUGCUAUUGUAUGGCAUUUAAGUGCAUUAACAUUCAUUCGGCAGUUGCGACCACACCCAUCUGCAGUGACUGCUAUUGCUAUCAAUGAUGCAACGGGGGACAUAGCUACUGCAUCAGGAUCCACGCUGUUCCUGUGGUCAAUCAAUGGACGACCUCUUUCUGUAGUUGAUAGUGUUGACAAAGCUUCGUUUGAUCAAUUUCCUAAUGUCAUUUUAUCACUGGCGUUUUCUACGCUGUAUGAAUGGGAUCCAGAAAAUGUGGUUAUGUGUGGUGGUAGUGAUGGUACUGUGCGAAUAUACUGUAUGGAAUUUGUGAGAAAUGAGGAUGACUUAAAUCCAAGAGAAAGCCGAUUACCAACAACAUUGCAAAUGAGUAUAAACAGCGCUGUUGCUCUGCAACAACGGCUUGAACGACAACGACAACGCUUACAGUUUUUAUCGUCAACAACUUCAUCGGACACUCCUUCUGCUGGAAGUCAAAAUGGUUCACCAGAAUCAAUUUUCUAUCCUUCUAUUGAUUUAUACACCGAUGAAAAGUUGGAUUGUAGCUGGGUUAAUUCAAGUAAAUGGCAAGAAGAUGGAAGUGUGUAUUCGGAAAAGUCGAUUUGGAAGAAAUUGUUGGUACCGAAGUUUUCAUUGACGACUCAUACAGCUUUUAACCGUAAGGAUAAUCCACAUCCUGCCUCAAUUACAGCCAUCGCACCGUCGAGAGAUCAUCGAACUUUAUACGUUGGAGAUAGUGUUGGUCGCGUUUGGAGCUGGCAGAUUGGUGAUGAAGUUGGUACACGCGCAGACCACUGGGUACAAGACCCAAGUAGAAGUACUUGUACACAAUGCAUGCAAAAGUUCUCGCUUGCCGAAAGGCGACAUCACUGUCGAAAUUGUGGACAUAUCUUUUGCAGUCGGUGUAGUCGAUUUGAAACCGACAUAAAACACAUGAAAAUUUCAAAGCCAGUGCGUGUUUGCCAGAGUUGCUUUCUGCGCCUAAAGGCAGAAGGGGUUUCCUGA